AGGACACUCAAUCAUAGACAUAUACAUUAGUAGUAUUAUAUUAAAGCUUACCAGUAGUUGGACAGAGCUAUAGGUGAGAGCAGUUCUGACUACUUGUAACAUUUGUACAUUCUGAAAAUUUUGGGAGUGCCAGCAUCCUAUAUUCCCAAUGGUGGAAGAGCAAUCCCAGCAUGCAGAACCAGCAAGGAAUUACAUGGAAGGACAGCAAGCAGAUGAAGAGCAGGGAAAUCCAGAGAACAACUCUUUGCACCGGCCACUGCUUAAAAGAAAUCUGACUCUUUCUUCUAGUCCACUAGCGCUGGUGGGCGCCAAGGUUUCUCAUAUCGAAAGCUUAGAUUAUGAGAUAAAUGAAAAUGAUCUCUUUAAGCAAGACUGGAGAAGCAGAUCCAAGGUACAAGUGCUGCAGUACAUAUUUUUAAAAUGGACCCUGGCCUUCCUAGUUGGCCUUUUAACAGGUGUCAUUGCCACCCUCAUUAACCUUGCAAUUGAGAACAUCGCAGGCUACAAGCUUCUUGUUGUGGCUAACUACAUUGAGAAGGAAAGUUACCUUGCAGGAUUCAUCUACUUCACAACAGCUAAUUUUCUUUUGACACUGGUCGCUUCUGCUCUCUGUGUGUGCUUUGCACCCACCGCAGCUGGCCCUGGUAUUCCUGAAAUUAAAGCUUAUCUCAAUGGGGUAGACACACCAAACAUGUUUGGUGCUACAACACUAAUGGUGAAGAUAGUUGGAAGCAUUGGAGCUGUCUCUGCAGGCUUAGAUUUAGGAAAAGAAGGGCCAUUGGUCCACAUUGGUGCUUGCCUUGCUUCCUUACUAGGCCAAGGUGGGCCUGACAAUUACCGUCUCAGAUGGCGCUGGCUCCGGUACUUCAACAAUGAUCGUGACCGCAGAGAUCUAAUAACAUGUGGUUCCUCUUCUGGAGUAUGUGCUGCUUUUCGCUCCCCAGUGGGUGGUGUCCUUUUCGCUCUUGAAGAGGUGGCAACAUGGUGGAGGAGUGCUCUACUUUGGAGGACCUUCUUCAGUACAGCAGUGGUGGUGGUGGUAUUGAGACUUUCCAUGGAAUACUGUAAAAAUGCAAGCUGUGGCCUAUUUGGGCAGGGAGGACUAAUUCUGUUUGAUGUGAGUGACGUCAGCUUGAGGUACCAUGUCGUGGACAUCAUCCCAGUCACUGUACUCGGAGUAAUUGGAGGAGUACUGGGAAGCCUCUACAACUACCUACUACACAAAAUCCUCAGGGUUUACAACCUCAUCAAUGAGAAGGGAAAAUUACACAAGCUUCUACUCAGUCUCACUGUAUCAUUGUUUACUUCAGCAUGUCUGUACGGACUUCCUUUCCUUGCCAGCUGCACACCUUGUGAUCCCUCCCUUCAGGAAGCAUGUCCAACAACAGGACGUGUAGGGAACUUCAAGCAAUUUAACUGCCCAAGUGGCCACUACAAUGACUUGGCCACCCUCCUACAUACAACCAAUGAUGAUGCUGUCCGACACAUUUUUUCCACCAACACUCCUACAGAGUUCCAGUAUUUCUCCCUCACCAUCUUCUUUGCAUUAUAUUGCAUCUUGGGACUCUUUACCUUUGGUAUUGCAGUCCCGUCAGGUCUUUUUCUUCCAAUCAUCCUAAUGGGAUCAGCUUAUGGUCGCAUGCUUGGGAUAGCUAUGGGAGAUUACACAAAAAUUGACCAGGGACUGUAUGCUGUACUAGGAGCGGCCUCCCUCAUGGCUGGGUCAAUGAGGAUGACAGUUUCCCUUUGUGUGAUAUUUCUUGAACUGACCAAUAACCUUCUCCUGCUACCAAUUACAAUGUUGGUUCUUCUAAUUUCCAAAACUGUUGGAGACUGCUUUAAUCCAAGUAUCUAUGAGAUUAUACUGGAUCUAAAAGGAUUGCCUUUCUUGGAUGCACAUCCUGAACCAUGGAUGAGAAAUAUUACAGUUGGUGAGCUAGCUGAUGUCAAACCACCAGUUGUAACCCUUCGUGGAAUCGAGAAGGUAGGCCGCAUAGUAGAUGUUCUUCGGAACACCACCCACAAUGGGUUCCCUGUUGUAGAUGACAGGGAGGUGCCAGUAGGCAGUCAGGCACUCGGAGAACGGGAACUGCAUGGACUAGUUUUAAGAGCUCACCUUGUUUUACUACUGAAGAAGAAAUGGUUCCUGCAAGAGAGAAGGAGAACAGAAGAAUGGGAAGUGAGAGAAAAAAUUACCUCAGUUGAUUUGGCUGAAAGGAGUGUGAAGCUUGAAGAGGUAGCUGUGACGAAGAAUGAGAUGGAGAUGUAUGUUGAUUUACAUCCUCUCACCAAUACAACAGCUUACACGGUAGUGGAGACCAUGUCUGUUGCAAAGGCUCUUGUGCUGUUCAGGGAGGUGGGUCUCCGCCAUAUGCUCAUCCUGCCCAAGUUUCAAGGAUCUGGGGUGUCUCCGGUGGUGGGGAUCUUGACCAGGCAGGACCUGAGGGCCCAUAACAUUUUAAGUGCUUUCCCUCAUCUUGAGAAAGCCAAGGGAAGUAAAAAGGGGCAAUAAAUAUCAAAAAACAGCAAGUGUCACGUCCCCAAAAGAUAACUUCCAUUCCAAUUCAAUCAUUUUUUGGUAUUAUUUUUUCAUCAGGUUUCAGAAGCAGCAAAACUACCACAUGUAGAAAAUUUUUAUCUAAAAAAUUGUCAGAUGUUACAUUAUUGACAAAAUACUCGGGUUACAGACCCUUCACAAAAAUAUGUAAUGCUAGAGAAAUUUUUGUUCGACAUCAAAAAAAUUUCUCCUUCCUGGUUAAGCACAUGUGAAGAGCAACCAGCUAUGUGGCAACUAUGUCUAAAUAUUUUUUAAAGUGGUUUUCUUCUUCUUCUUC